AUGGCUCGAGGAGGCAAUCGUGGAGGCGGACGAGGAGGUGGUCGUGGUCGUGGUCGUGGCGGCGGCGGUGGAGGACGUGGGCGUGCGGGUGGAGGUCGAGGUGGCGCUCGUGGCGGUCACCAUCAGGGAGUCCGAGCAAACUUCCACUCCAGCGACCAGAAGAACGCCCGUCUGGAAGCCUACUACAUCGACCAAGCUAUUCUCGACCCUUCCGAGUGGGGUACAUUCAUGCAAUAUCUCCGCACUCCUUUGCCAACCACCUUCCGACUCACUGCCGGCAAAGAGACCACCCCACAGCUCCUCAAAGCGCUUCAGGACAUCUACAUUCCCUUCCUCUCCAACGUCACUUUCGACGGCGAGAAGGUCGAUCCUCCCAAGACCCUCCCAUGGUACCCUGACGGACUCGGAUGGCAUCUUAACACCAAAAAGAACGUCAUCCGCAAGUCGCCCGAGUUCAAGCGUUUCCACCAAUUCCUCGUCCACGAGACCGACGUCGGUUCCAUCAGCCGACAGGAAGCCGUCUCCAUGCUUCCACCUCUCUUCCUCGAUGUGCAGCCACACCACCUCGUACUCGACAUGUGCGCUGCUCCGGGCUCCAAGACCGCUCAGCUCAUCGAGUCGCUUCACUCGCCCUUCACUUCCGCUCCUAGCUCGUACAACCCCAUGCCUACCGGUCUCGUGAUCGCCAACGACUCUGAUACCAAGCGCGCACACAUGCUUGUCCACCAGUCCCAGCGUCUUCCUUCGCCCAACCUUCUCGUCACAAACCUCGACGCUUCCAACUACCAGUCGAUUCAAGUUCCCUACAAGCCUAACAAUGAGGGAGCAGAGGUCAUUCAGACUGCUAUCAAGUACGACCGCAUCCUUGCCGAUGUUCCAUGCUCAGGUGACGGUACUAUCCGAAAGAACGUACCUAUCUGGAAGGAAUGGACACCCAACAACGCCGUCGGUCUCCACGCUCUUCAGCUCAAGAUCCUCAUCCGAGGUCUCAACCAGCUCCGUCAGGGUGGUCGUCUCGUUUAUUCGACUUGCUCUAUGAACCCUAUCGAGAACGAGGCUGUCGUUGCAGAAGCCCUUCGACGAUUCGAGGGCAAGGUUCGCAUUGUGGAUUGCAGCUCCCGAUUGCCCGAGCUCGUUCGACGAAAGGGUCUUACCACCUGGAGGGCCGCUCCCGGUCGAGGUGCUCAUCUUUUCGGCAAAUCAAAGUACGCCAAGGACAAGGCUGCCAAGUCUGCUGCUGAUGCUGAUGCUAAUGCUGCCGAUGGCGAGGGCGAGCUGGUCGAUGCCGACAUGAAGGAUGCCGAAGGCGAGGUUGACGAGCAAGUUGCUGCCGCCGCCGCCGCCGCCGCCGCCGAAGGUGAUGCUGCUGCACCGGAGGAGCAGGCUGCUCCUGAGCCUGAGAUCGGAUCCGCAGAGUACCGUGACCGUCUCCCCGAGAUCGCCUGGAUCGACAACUGGGACCAGCUUAACGAGCUUGAUGCCGAUCUUGCUUCGCGUACACCCAAGUCUCUUUGGCCACAGGGUGACGAGGAUGCUCUUGGCACACAGCACUGCAUGCGUCUUUACCCUCACUUGCAGGACACUGGUGGAUUCUUUGUUGCUUUGCUCGAAAAGGUUGGCAACCCCGAGGACGAAGGUAUGGCUGCCGGCAUGAUCCGCGCUAUGGACCACCUCGACUCUCUGCGAGACGAUGGAGAAUCGCUCACCGACACCGUCAAGCGAGCGCUCUCCCCUGAAACCGAAGCGGAUGGCGCCCAACCAGCAGCCAAGAAGCUUAAGGAAGUCGACGGUACCGCUAGCCCCGCCCCCGCUGCUGCUACUGAAACCGAGACCGAGGUGGCAGGAGAAGUGACCAACGUCAAAGAAGACAAGCACGCCGCCGACCGAGCUCGCAAAGCCGCCCAACAGAAAGCGGUCAACGAAGGCCACGGUAUCCCCGGUGGUCUCCCAUACAAAGAAGACCCGUUCGCAUACAUCCCACCUUCCAACGACCAAGUUCAGGCUUGCAAGAAAUUCUUCGAUCUCAAAGACACUUUCCCUCUCCGCAACCUCCUCGUUCGUAACGAAGACCACCAGCCUCUCCGAUCCGUCUACCUCACCUCCACCACCGCCCGUGCUGUCAUCACUGGCGGAGGCCCCGGUCGAGGCAACCACCCUCACAUGAACCCCAUCUCUUUGCGACUCAUCAACUGCGGUAUCAAGAGUUUGGGUCGUCAAGACGCUGGACGUGACGGUACACUGGAAUGCAAAUGGCGUAUCAUCUCUGACGGCUUACUCUCCAUUCGACCUCAAAUCGAGGAGAGGGCCAUCUUGAAGGCUCAAUUGAAAGAUUUGGCUUUCUUGAUCGCUAACCAUUAUCCUGUUCUCGACACUCUUCCUGGCGACUUUGGCGAGUUGCUCAAGACGAAAAAGAUGGGAAGUUACAUCAUCGAUGUUCUUCCCUCCGAACAUGAUGGUAGCAAAUUGGACUACAAGUUGAGCUUCCCCAUCUGGCGUGCUGUCAACAGUGUCAACCUUAUGCUCGACAAGCAGGAGAAGAGUGCGCUUUCGUUCCGAAUCUUCGACACCGAUCUCUCCUCUGCUGACGGUGGUCGUCAGUUCUCCUCCCAACCUAGCAAAAAGGACAAAAAGGCCAACAAGGACGCAAAAGACGCAGAAAUGCAACUUUCCGACGCCGAAGAUGCAGCCCGAGCUGCUGCUCUUGCCAAGUCCAAUGGCACCACCCCCUCCUCCUCUGCCGCUGCUAAGGUCGAACUUGCCCCCUACCAAAGCGAAUACAUCCAACUAGCACUCGACAGUUGCAUUCUCAAAUUUGAAGGCCCCUACACGCUCAAGUCCGGCCGACUCAGCCCGUACUUCUUCAACGCAGGAUUGUUCAACACCGGAGCAAAAGUGACUAAAGUAGCGGAAUGCUAUGCUAAGCGUAUUGUCGAGUCUGGUGUACAGUUUGAUGUGUUGUUCGGUCCUGCUUACAAGGGAAUCCCGUUGGCUGCUGCUACUGCUAUGGCAUUGCAACUCAACCACGGAAUCGAUGUUGGAUUCUGUUUUAACCGCAAGGAAGCUAAGACUCAUGGCGAGGGCGGUAGUUUGGUGGGAGCAGAGCUAAAGGGUCGAGUGCUGAUCCUCGACGACGUUAUCACUGCGGGUACAGCGAUCAACGAGGCGAUGGACAUUCUUGCUUCCCAACCCUCAGCUCAACUUGCUGGUGUUGUUAUCGCACUUGAUAGGCAGGAGAAGAGUCAGAAGGAUGGUGUACCAGGUACGACCUCGGCUAUUACCGAAGUGGAGAAGAGGUAUAACACCAACGUCUACUCAGUCGUGACGCUGGAUCAGAUUAUUGAAUUCAUGAAAAGAGAUGCGGCGGCUUAUGGGCAGAAGAUCGAAAAGAUGAACGAAUACAGGAUCGAGUAUGGGACUAGCGAGGUGGCUAAGGCUGAACAGGCUGCUGCAGGGAAGUCUUAA